AUGAAAUCUGGAACGUCACCCAAUUCAAUCCAUAACGCAUUCCAAAUAGAACCAACUCAAAACAUCUAUAAUAGAAAAGGCGACUACACCUUCUCUCUACCCGCCUCCGGCAACGCGGCUCCGCCUCCGUCUUCGCUGCCUCCCCCUUCGUCGGAAACGAGCAUGGCAAUGAAUUGCAUAAAGUCGUUGAGAAAUGUUGGUGUGACUAACAGUGGGUUAGGAAGCUGUAGAACAUUUGCUGUUGGAGGUAAAGCCAAAAAGGGUAAAGGUGGAGGGGCUUCUGAUGCUCCAAAGCAGUCGAGUUUAAGCAAAGAAGUGAAAUCUACAACAGUUGUAGGGGCAAAUAUCCUCAAGGAGGGGACUGACCCUAAAAUACUUGCAGAUUCUGAGUAUCCAGAGUGGCUGUGGCACCUUCUGGACAAAAAACCUGCACUGAGUGAGCUUAGAAGGAAAAAUAUUGAAACUCUUCCAUAUGAAGACCUCAAAAGGUUUUGUGAAGCUUGAUAACAGAUCAAGAAUCAAAGAAAACAACACCACCAGGGCCAAAAACUAAAACUGAUUUCAAUGUAUACCCUACCCUUCCUGUUCUUCCAGGUUUAGGUUUAGAUUUCUUUAUUGGGUGUUGCUGCUUAUCCAUAGAUAUGAUGAUUAUUGCAUAUCAUAAUAUAAACUUGGCACUUGUUUCUUUUUUAGCCUUUCUUUUGUCUGU